UUGGAAGCGCGGUGUGCUACGGGCCCGUAAUGUCGACGCAUCAGCGGGCUUCGGACAACGACGCAUGGGCCCUGCUGGCCCUCAAGUCGGCCCCGUCAAGCCCGUCGCGACUCCAGUGGAACCCGGAACGCACGGGCGCAGCCAUCGCCAAGCUAGAAGGUCGCGAGUUCGAGUACCUGAUCCGCCAGAAGCGCAUCUCCAUCGGCCGCAACAGCAGCCGCGGCGAGGUGGAUGUAAAUAUGGGCCACUCCAGCUUCAUCUCGCGCCAGCACCUCGAGAUUUUCUACGAGUGUGCGCACUUCUUCAUGGUGUGCAACGGCAAGAACGGAGUCUUCGUGGACGGAGUCUUCCAGCGCAAGGGCGCCGCGCCGAUGCCGCUGCCCAAGACAUGUGUGUUUCGCUUUCCUAGCACCAACAUCAAGAUCAUGUUCCAGUCGCUGGUGGACGAGGUGGGGCCCGUGAGUGGUAGCGGGGUGGCUCCGCCGCCUCCGCGCCUGGACCCGGGGCCCCUGACCGCCUCUCCGCGGCAGCCGCCUCCCCCUCAGCUGGCACCGCACCACCUGCCACGUCCUCUCGCCCCACUCAAGAUCAACAUCCCGGAGCCCGAGUCAAGUUUCACCAGUCCCAUUCCAUCGCCCACGGGCACACUCAGUGCGGCCAAUUCUUGUCCAGCGAGCCCCCGGUCGGGGAACCAUCGUCGUAACAUCACCUCCGACCUGCAAUUGGCCGCGGCAGCUGUGGAGAGGCACGAAGAGGUCCCGACCACUGGCUCAAGUGGACCAGCGUCUCAUAACAGCAACAACUCUGGGCCCGGGAGUGGUCCGGAUGGGGACCAGAAGCCGCCCUACUCGUACGCGCAGCUCAUCGUGCAGGCCAUCUCGUCGGCACAGGACAAGCAGCUGACGCUGAGCGGCAUUUACUCGUACAUCACCAAGAACUACCCCUACUACCGCACGGCCGACAAGGGAUGGCAGAACUCUAUCCGGCACAACCUGAGCCUGAACCGGUACUUCGUCAAAGUUCCUCGGUCGCAGGAGGAACCGGGUAAAGGUUCAUUCUGGCGCAUCGACCCCCAGUCGGAGGUCAAGCUCGUUGAGCAGGCAUUCCGCAGACGGCGGCAACGAGGGCUGCCCUGCUUCCGGACGCCCUUUGCCUCCUCAAGGUCGGCGCCGGCGUCGCCAAGCCACGGUGCACACAGCGGCCUGGUGACGCCAGACUCGCUGUCACGGGAGCCCAGUCCCGUGCCAGAAGGCAUGGUUCCCGAGGGGGCCCCCAGCUCCCCCUUGCAGCCACCCGCUGCCAUGAUGGCUAUUCCCCCUGGCCUGGCACCCCCGCAGGCCUCGUACCUGGCCCGGGAGAUUAAGGCCAGCCAGUCGGCACCAGGCUCACCAGGUGGCGCCCACCACUUAGGGGGAUCCCCACUCAUGCCGGCGUUCACCAACAGCAAACCCAAGGUGCUGGUGGCCCACCAGCCGUCUGUGGUCUCGAACGGUGUCCUCAAAAGCAACGGCAUGCGCAGCGACUCGCCACGGCUCGACCAAGAGCGCAGUUAUCCCCGGGGCCCACCCGAGCUUUUCUACCAGCCGAAGCCGCUGGGGCUGUCCACUGCAGAGCAGAUGCCUUCCUCCUCUGCCUCCUCUUCUCCACCUCCUCUCCACCCGACGAGCGUCAUCGUGCAGGCUCCAUCGUCCACCUUCGCCCAGCCGCCCACUCCGGACUCCUCCUCGUCGCCGCCCGCGGCGGCCGCGCCCCUUCCGACGCAUCCACGCAAGCGCCACUAUGAAAUGGCCACCUCUUCGUCGUCCGCAACGCCGGCUACGUCGACACCCACCUCCACCUCCGCAGGCAGUACAGCCGGUCGGGACCGAGAAACCAACUCACCCGCACGGCCCCCGCCGUCUAAAGUCCACCGGAGUGGAUCCGACGAGUCGGUGUCUCCGCCUGUCUCCACCACGUCGUCGUCUCCGACGGGUGUGACGGCAUCUGCCACAGACUCUGCCUCCUCCUCUUUAUGUUAAUGGUGGCAUCACUCGUCGAAUUGUUUUUUUAAUUAUUAUUAUUAUUAUUUUUGCUGUGUUACCACCAUCCCCUUAUUCUUAAUCUGCCCUCUCCCCCGUCUUCCUGGAUGCUGCUGCUGCUGCUGUCAAUCCUUGUCUUAUCUUUCCUAGCUAUGCGCUUUUGCAGUCAUUGGAAAUGAAGUGUAGCUCCCAGCUCCUUGGAAAACUGCUAAAAAACAGUCAUUUCGUAGAGCUGCAUUUUGCUACCAUUUCGCCUCUCUGUGUUUCUACCCUUGCAGGCCUCCCAAGUUUGAGCGCGACGCGCUAAAUGACUGCUGUGGCAAAGCCAGACAUUAGUCACUUCCCUCAUAGGCGUCGCCAUUAACUCUUUGUGUUUCUGUUUUAAAGCAGUUUUCCUGCAACCUUUUUCUUUUUUACUAGAUCACAGUUUUUUUUUUAUCAAAACAUGUCUCACCGUUUUUUUUUUUUUUUUCUUUUUCAUCCAACAUCCUAUCGCCAUUUACUAUUGCAACUGUUCAGCAGUACCCACCCGCAAUGACGAGGGUGUGACCUGCUCUGCGAGCCGUUGGUGCAGCAACGAAAGCAUACGUAGGCAGAGUCCCCCACCUCACCCUUUCACACUUUUAUCUUCGCCCUCUUGCUUGUUCAGUAGCAUUUUCCCGACGCUUGUCCGUCAUCAACCUGCAUUACACACUCACCUGCUCUUUCCAUGCUGUCAUUCACAAGCUUAAUCUUUUCUUUUUGUUGCUUGUCUUGAUUCCGCAUUGAUGCAUUCAGCGGUGGGUUAUCCGCGGGGUCCCCGAGGAACACUUUACUGGUUUGCUGCGGACAGACAGUCCGUUCAAGCGACAGGCAAGGGUGCAGCAUUUGUGCAGGUUGUCAUAGUUUCCAGUGCCUCGUACUGCUGUCACAUGGGCACAUUUUGUCGCAAUCGAGGCCAAUCGGGUUCAGACUGGAUCCUGAUCACGCGUUGCUGCAUAAUCACACUUAAUCGGAGCCAAUGGUGGUCGUGAUUAUCGCAGUCUGGCUCUGACAUUGCGGUUUCACUGUUGCUUUCGGACAGCGUAGCAGCGACCAACGUUGAUUGCGAUCGAAAUCGCCCCUGUGACACUGGUAUUGAUCAUUGUCAUUCGCCUCUUGCGUCUUACUGCCCAUUGCGUUCCACCGUUUGCUGGCACGGCAUGACAAUGCUUUCUCGUGAUAGGCUAGCUAUUCUCACCCACCUGUGUUCGCAUUUGCGUCAUUAUUCUUGAGACAAACGAUAACAAGCGCUUUCCUUACUUCCUUCCCUGCACGCAUUGGCUGCCACAUUGUGCUGCUGCCGUACUUUACUUGUGCCUGAUGCGCGCUCAGUGUCACUUUUUUUUCUGCGCCGAGCAGUAGGAACGAGCUGGCCGUCAGCAGAAUUUGGGACAUACCGUCUGGAUGCCCAGCGGCAGGACAGGCAGUGGCGUGACAAAUGGCUAGCUCGUGAUGAUUGGCUCAGUCAUGAUGAAUGGCUGGCUCGACCGUGAUGAACGACUGGCCGAGUCUUGAUGAACGGCUGGCUCGCUCCCCCCGUAACUGAGAGGCCAGCGACCCUUAGCAUGUUUUCUGGGGGCGCGCGUGCAGCUGUGAAAAUUGUACAAACUCGUUUGUCGCUUUCACCGGCGAUGAAUGAUUGCCAUCGCAGGAGCUGCGGCUCUUUUUGCGUUUAUUCUUUCAGUUUUCUUUGGGAUAGUGUACAUUGACAAGGCGGGUAGAGUUUGUAGGGGAGGAUAUAGAUAUGAGCCCGCAGGGUGUAUUUUACGCUUCAAUGGCACGCAUAACGGCAAUGGGCCAUGGUCUGGGCAUGGCAAGUUGUCACAGAGUUGAGAAAAGUAGCAUGGAGGCAAACGACAGCGUGCGUUGUAUUGUGUACAGACAGAGCUUUAGAAGAGACCUGACAGCGGUAAAGAGCUUGGCAGCGCGAGUGUACAGUGUACAAGAGUAAGAGGCCAAUUUUUUUUUUUGGCGGAGACGAAGCGAGGGGAUGGUGUGAUUGACAGUUUAGGAGAUGAAAGAUAGCUUGUGCCAUUCUUGCAAGGGAGGCCCCUCAUUUCGCUUCCAGAGUGUGGAAGGAUCAUCGUCGUAGCCUUUCUGGAUAGGAAGGGUGUAGGAGAGAGUGCAGCGUGUGUUUUUGAUGGAAGGGAUUGUGUCUCGAUGGUUGUGGAGACGUGUUUGGUGGGGCAGAGAAGAGACCGGUUGCCGAUGAUGGCUUUUUUUUUUUUUUUUUUUGUGCUGAACGGUAUUUCUACAUGGAGGGGAGGAGGAGGUGCGACGAAAGGCAGCAAUGCGCUUUUUUCAUCUUACAUUAGAAUUAGUGUAGCUGUUCUUCCUUGUGGGGGUGAUUUCAUAACAUGGUACGUAUAUAUUCUUUUUCGUGAAAGUUCUUUGGAGCUCACACACACACAGGCCUUGCUAGUCAUGCGUUCGCUGCCUUUUCAAGUCGCGAAUCCCGCACUGCUUUGGGAGAGCCACCGUUUCAUGCUGUUGAUAUCGGGAGGGUGCGGGGUGGGGUUAGGUGGGGGGGAGGGGCAGAGACAAAAGGGGGCAAGCGAUGUUGGACCGGGUGCAUGUGCACAUAUCACAGCCCAAGACUGAGACUGGCUUUUCUGCGGAUUUCCGAUCUCAGUGUCGCUUGGAAAGCAGUUGCUCGCACUGGCUUUGGUGGAGACAUGAUGUGAAUACCGAGAUGCGGUGGUGAUACGAGUGUUUCCGAAACGAGAAAGUUCUGGUCCAUUCUAUCACCCACCCCUAACCCUCCCUCUUUGAGGGACAUUGCUUGAAAUUCGGCUGGAAGGAAGGCCCCUCCGCCUUAUACAUGAUCAUGUCACUUAUUCCCUUAAUUGAGGCCUAACUACUAGUGACUGGCAAUGGUUAGAUAUAUGUUGUUACUUCUCUCCCACUGUUGUUUGGUGAGGGAGGCCAGUAAUUUUUUUAUUUUUUCUACUAUUGCAAUUUGUUAAGCCCCUUGGGGAAAAAAGCUGUUGGGAAUAUUAAUGACAUGAAGGGGAUCGUCAAGCGCUUUGUCCCAUUCGGUUUAUCUGGGACGUUUUUGUUUUCUCCUUUUUUUUUUAUAUAGUAUUUGUUGGUUUGCUUGGCGAAAGCUGUUGGUUGACGUGGUGUGUACAUAAGACUUGAAGCCAGAGAGACCGUUGUUGCAUGCCAGUUGGUCUAUUUUUAAGAGAAAAGAGUGGAUUGAGAUGAGAGAACGAAGUCGUACAUGGAGCGUGCAGUGUUUGUUGCAUAGUACAGAAAGCAAGAGGAAUGUAUCUAUAAACCUCGCUCUUCGUAUUUCCCGUCUGUGUGACUGUUCAUUGCCCUUCCCACUUCUCUUGUCACUCUCCAUCGUCACGUAGUAACUUAGUGCCGGGCAACUUUUCCUUUUCUUCCCCCUUUCUCUCCCAUUCAAAACUUUGGCUGUUGCAGUCCACAUGGUGAUAGGACAUUGUAGGAACAUUUAAGCAAAUUGUUUGUACAUAUAAAGGUCAAAUAGACGCACAGUCGCUCGCUUCCCAAAAACGAGCUGAACCUCAGGCUUCAUCACUUGCGGACGCGCGUUUUCUGGUGGGCGUUUGCAAACGUAGCCGACUUAGUCUAAGAGAGCAGCUCGUUUGUUGCGACGUUUCCUUUGCGUUUUUUUUUCCCCGGCUCCUAACAACAGGCGAAGAAUAGAGCGUACACUUUCACGUCACCACCACGAAAAGUUAGCUUUGACAACGUACACUUUGCCGAGAGCAGUCGUCGGGUGCUCGCUUUCGCGCCCAGCGCCAGCUGGUUAACAAAAGCCAUUGGAAGCGUCUUUAGGUUGCUUUAAGUAAGGCUCGCCUUUUUUUGCAUGAUGAAUUAGUCUUUUUUGUAGAUAGUUUGUUAAUUAACAGAUCUUAAUGCUUCUAUAAGGGUGGGGAUGCUACUGGUCAUGAUGGCACCAAAGAAUCGUUCCUCGGGCAAAAUUGCACAAAAAGAAAAUGAAAGAAUGCGUGUUGUUACUAAGGAAAAGACACGUUUAAUUAGAGCAUCCGUGUUCUUUCAUGGUUCACAAACAAAUGGUUGUCAUGCCAUCCUUAUCAGUGCAAGAUGGCCGCUCGUGACUGGUCCCUUAUAGGUGUGUCACGGUCGGUGUGUAGUUUGAAUAUUACGGUAAUUUGUCAUGACUUUUUAUGCCUUCGACAGGCGUUGUUAAGUAAGUGAGGUCUCCGAUUCAAUUUUCUUUUUCCUAUUCUUCAUCAUCUUAAUGUGUUUAUUGUGUUCUUAGCAAAUCAAUCGAAGCAACUGUAUAAGUGUUUUGUUUUUUUUUCCUUCAAAUUCUAGCGAGUCUACUCGCUUUGCUGUUGCUGAAAUGUUGUACCGCACAGCACACAUAACAUCGUCACAACACGACUGUUUCUUUUUCUUUCUUUUUUUCUCCCAUGUGGUCGGUGCUCCACUUAUUCUUAGAGCUUUCGUCACUUCCAUGUUUUUUUUUUUUUUUUUUUUCGCCGCAAUAAAAUCGCUCUUGGGACGUUUCUUGUAGAGGUCAUUCGUCUUGACCAGAGGAAUGUUUAUUGCGCGAGAGCCCGAGUUGGGCAGCUCUCGUCUUUAUUUUUUUGGUGUUCCCAUGUUUUAUUUUUCCGAUGGACCUUGUCCCCAUGUUACCCCUAUCCUCUCAUCUUUUUGAAAGAAGAAAUGAAAAAAAAAGGCAUGUCACCAGAACAAAAACACCUGAAAAACAAAACAAGGCAACACCUUUUAAAUAAAUUUAUUCUUUGUUGACUCA